CCAAAAAGAAAAAGAAAGAGUGGAUUAAUGAACUAAUCUCCAAUCUCGUAGAGACCCAUGUCAGCAUCCCUCCAAAAUGAUUGAAACACCAACCCUUUCUGUUGUUCUAUCCCAAAGAGAUACAUACACAUAGGCUGUUUUGAUAUCUCAUAAGCAAAAUUACAACCACAGCAAUUAGGUGACAACUCAAAUAAUAGAAAAAGAAAACACUUGAAACAAAAGCAAACCGUUUCCUUCCUUGUCACUCUAAGAGGAUACCAAAGGGGGCACCAUCAGAUUAACAACUCGCAUCAUCAAAAACCAAAGAGCCCCCCACUGUAAAGAGGAUGUGAUUGUAGUUGUGCUACUGCUGAAAGAAACAAUGCCCCCAGAAGUGCCUCAUUGCCGCCCUCUUGUAACUCCUCUGGUUCAAUUUUCUCCUCCACAAAAUCUACCAAUUGAUUACAAAUAUUGCCGAGGACGGAAAAGGAUGAACAUCACCAUAAAGAAACUUCUCCCGGUACUCGUCCUGAUUCUAUCAAGCUUCUCCAUCAUCAGAUUUCUUUUUAUCACCUUCACUACUUCAUCCAGUUCCACUAGGCUCCCAACUUUUUCCACUAUUUUUCAGCACAUUCCAUCACAUGAGCCGGGGGGCUCCUCAACAAAUCAUCCAAAAGCCUCUGCUAAUGCCAUCACAGAAAAGGAAUUUCAACUCCUAUCAAAUCUUGUAGCUCAAAAAUCCCCCUGCAACCUCCUUAUUUUUGGGCUCGAACCCAAAUACCUCCACCUCUCACAAAUCAAUGCAGGUGGCACCACCAUCUUUCUAGAGGACGAUAUCAGCAAGCUAAGCACAAUCAAAGCCAAUUCAAACAGCACUCGAGCAUACAAGGUUGAAUACCAGAUGCCUGGAAAAGAGGCUUACAAGCUGCUCAAGCAUGUCAGGCAGAACCCGGCCUGUGAACCCAGCUCCGGGCCGCUUCAAGCAUCGAAAUGCAGGCUCACACUGACAAAUUUACCACAAGAAGUAUAUCAGCAAAAAUGGGAUGUGAUAGUGGUGGAUGGACCGAGCGGAGAUGCACCAGAAGCAGCAGGUAGGAUGGCAACAAUCUAUACUGCUAGUAUAAUAGCAAGAGCUGGAAAUACAACUUAUGUAGCCAUUCAUGACGUCCAUCGAAUGAUUGAAAAGUGGUUUUCUUGGGAGCUUCUGUGUGAUGAGAACUUGAUUUCUUCCAAAGGGAAACUAUGGAUUUUCAGGAUCAAGGGUCAAUUAAAUUCUACAACAUUUUGCUCUGCUAGACCUGUUGUGAUAGAGUAGCAGUAUUCUUUUUCUCAGAGCUGAGAGCAAAGAGUAAUGAUAUACAUUUAAUUA